CAAUAGUACAAUACAUAAUCUUGUGUUCUAUCUUCUGUGCGUAGUUAUAGACGUUGUGCCCGGUUCCAUCUUCCAUUCUGCCAAUCCGGCGUCCACCCUUCAGCGUUGUUAUUAAUGCGAAUCGUUUGUCGUCCAGUCGUUGGGAUAGUAUAAUAUCAAUUGUUUGGAGUGUACGGCUGUAUACUACCUAGUUCAUUAAAUUCUAAAACGAUUGUAUAGUACCUACAUAUUUUGAUUAAAGCCGGCCGAGAAACGUACUCGAAAAGUGUAAACUGCAAACCAUUGGAGAUUUUUAACCAGGUGCCUAAACCCGCUAAACCUCCACAAUCAUGUCCAACGGCGUGGGAAAAUCUAGCGACAAGCUGUUUGUGAAAAAGCGUGAUGGUCGAAUGGAAGAAGUAAUGAUGGACAAGAUCACAAUGCGAAUUGAACAAUUAUGUGAGGGACUCAAUAUGGACUUCAUCGAUCCGCCUGAAAUUACAUUAUAUGUCAUCGGUGAUAUAUGCCCAGGUAUAAGCACUGUACAAAUUGACAAUUUAGCUGCUGAAACUGCUGCUUAUUUAACAACAAAACAUCCAGAUUUUGCUGUACUUGCUGCUCGUAUUGCAAUAUCUAAUCUUUAUAAAGAAACUAAAAACAAUUUCAGCGAUGUAAUUUAUGAUUUGUAUAACAUGUCAAAUGAACAAAAUCAAAGACGUAUGAAAAUUAUUUCUGAUUUUCAUUAUGGUGUUGUCAUGAAACAUGCGGAUCGUUUAAAUAAUGCUAUUAAACAUGAUAGAGAUUAUACUUAUAGUUAUUUUGGAUUCAAGACACUUGAAAAAUCUUAUUUAUUAAAAAUGAAUGGUAAAGUUGUGGAACGUCCUCAACAUUUAUUAAUGAGGGUUUCAAUUGGAAUUCAUGGUGAAGAUAUUGACGCAGCUAUCGAAACAUAUGACUUAAUGUCAUCAAAGUAUUUUACUCAUGCUUCACCAACAAUGUUCAAUGCUGCUACACCUAGACCUCAACUUUCAAGUUGUUUUUUGGUGGCUAAUAAAUCAGAUUCAUUGGAAGACUUUGGUAAAACAGUUAAGACAUGUGCCAAGAUUUCUCAAUCUUCUGGUGGUAUUGGUAUACAUUUACACAAUAUUAGUGCAGCUGGUACAACAUGGACCAAAUAUCCAAAACAUGAAUCCCAUGGUCUUGUUGAACCGUUAAAAGUCCUUAAUGAUUUAGCUCAAUAUGUUGAUCAAGGUGGAAAGAGACCUGGGGCAGUUGCUGUUUAUAUUGAGCCUUGGCAUGCCGAUGUAUAUACUUAUACAGAGUUACGUAAAAAUACCGGUAAUAAAGAAGAAAAAACUAGAGAUUUAUUUUUAGCUCUUUGGAUACCUGAUGAAUUUAUGAGACGUGUUGAGGCUGACCAACCUUGGAGCUUAAUGUGUCCACGUAAAUGUCCUGGUCUUUCAGAUGUCUGGGGUGACGAUUUUGUGAAACUUUACAAAAAAUAUGAAGAUGAAAAACGUUACAACAGGCAGGUAUCGGCAAGGGAAUUAUGGUUUCGUAUAAUAACUUCUCAAAUUGAAACUGGUAUGCCUUAUGUACUGUAUAAAGAUGCCUGCAAUUCCAAAAGCAAUCAAAAAAAUCUUGGUACAAUUAAGUGUAGUAAUCUUUGUACUGAAAUCAUUCAAUACACUUCGUCAGAAGAGGUAGCAGUAUGUAAUCUAGCUUCAAUUGCUGUAAAUAUGUUUGUAAAACCCAAUGGAGAGUAUGAUUUCGAAAAGCUUUUGAAAAUUACUAAAAUCGUCACUAAAAAUUUGAAUAGAGUAAUAGAUGUCAACUUUUAUCCUGUCAUAGAAGCUGAAACUUCAAAUAAACGACAUCGUCCUGUUGGAAUUGGCGUACAAGGUUUAGCAGAUUUGUUUUUAUUGAUGCGAUUUCCAUUUGGCUCUCCUGAAUCACGAAAGCUAAAUUUACAAAUAUUUGAGACUUUGUAUUACGGUGCAUUAGAAGCUAGUUGUGAGUUAGCUGAAAAAUAUGGAACUUAUUCAUCUUAUCAAGGAUCACCAAUUAGUCAAGGAAUUUUGCAGUAUGAUAUGUGGAAUGUAAAGCCUACUGACUUAUGGGACUGGGAUAUAUUAAAAGAAAAAAUUGCUAAACAUGGAGUUAGAAAUUCAUUGUUAUUAGCACCGAUGCCCACAGCUUCAACAGCACAAAUUCUUGGAAAUAACGAAUCUAUAGAACCAUACACUACAAAUUUAUACUACAGACGUACUCUUAGUGGAGAAUUUAGUGUGGUUAACCGUCAUUUAUUGAACGAUCUAAUUAAGCUUAAUCUAUGGAAUGAGGAUAUGAGAAAUGAAUUGAUUUACUACAAAGGAUCUGUGCAGAAAAUAAAAAGUAUUCCAGACAACAUAAAAGAAUUGUAUAAAACAAAUUGGGAAUUAUCUCAAAAAAUCAUAUUAGAUAUGGCUGCAGAUCGUGCAGCAUUCAUUGAUCAAUCUCAGUCAUUAAAUAUUCACAUUGAGCAACCAACUAUUAGUAUAAUAUCAUCUGUACAUUUCUAUGGAUGGAAAAAGGGCUUAAAAACGGGUAUGUACUAUUUGCGAACCAGGCCUGCUGCUGAUCCUAUCCAGUUUACAGUUAAUAAAAGCACACUGUCUAGUAAUAUUGCAAUUCAAACUGAAAAGAAUGAUGCACUAAAUAUGCAGCAAUUGAUAUGUUCAUUGGAAAACAAAGACGCAUGUACAAUGUGUGGAGCUUAACUUUAUGAAGUUAUUCAUUUAGUCUGUAAAUAACUGAUGCGACAAAUCAUUUUAUAUAAAUCAUGAAUUUGACCAUAGUUGUAUUGUAAUUCUUUUUUGAACUUUAUUUUUUAUAUCGAGUAUUAAUUAUACAUUAAAUCUGUGCUAAACACGUAAUUGGGAAAUAUAUAAAAAAAAAUUCCCAAUUCAAAAACAAAAAUGUAUUUUUUUUUAUUAAACAUUAAUACACACUAUAUUGUAAUAUAACAUUUCUAAUUAAAAGGA